CUUCUUCAACUGAGAUCAUUCUCUGAUGUUCGCUGUUCAGUCAUGACGUCUCUUAUCGUGCUGGUGGUGUUUCUCGCUGCCUUUCAGUCAGGUUAUGGACUAAAGUGUUACGAAUCACAAUGYAACAUUUUUCCUGGUCAUGAAAAUUGUAGUAAAGAGCUCCAAGAAAAGAUAUGUGGACCAGACCAACUUUGCAUGACGCAAUCCAUGACAAUGAAGGGUUUUGGUAAUACUACUCAAGUCACUCAGAAUUGUACCUUGAAGGCAGAUUGCAAUGAAGCCGUGAUAUCUCAGAGAUGCUCCAGUCUCAAGAAUACAACAACAGCCACUCAUUGURAUAUAGAAUGUUGUAACAGUGACCUGUGCAAUGAAGAAAAAUCUACUUCAAAGUCACCACCAGCAACAACAACAACAACUAAUGCUACUAAAGUUCYAUCUGGAGCAGAUCUUACGUGUUACGUGUGUGAGACAAGCCUGUCGAGGAAUGAAACCAGCAAUACCACAAGCUGUGACGACCCUGCCAAACAGGAAUGCGGAUCAAAGUUGAAUGAUCGAUGUAUCACAAUCACAUCAACUGCUCGAUACCCAAAGACGGGGGCAGUAGUUGAGCUGGAAACGAGGCAAUGUGCGUCUACAAUAGCCAAACAUUGUAGUGAGAUCUGURARACUCUAAACUCGACCGGUAUUUUGCUUACCUGCAAGUCAGACUGUUGUAUUGGUAACUUAUGUAACACACCACAUACCUCGACCACAACAACCCCUCCCAAAGGUGGCCAAUCAGAAAGUGCUAUGAUGAACGUUAUCACCAUAGUAACAGGCAUUCUUGUUGCUUUGCUCGUCAAUUGAAAACUUGUAGUCUGGUGCAGAGUUUGUGAUUUCACUUAACGGUUUGAUCCUGGUUCGCUGAAGAUUUCUAUUGACGACAUUAGCAAGCAAUAUGGAAGAUCUUACUUGUUGUUGACGAUGCCCGGAGAUGUCUAUAGAUAGGAGCUUGCAUUGAUGUACUUUAUCAAUAAACGUUAGCAGCACGCCCUGAGAAACUUGAAGUCGACCUGGCGACGACUUGCACCAACCCUUUYCAAAUUGUUUAGUAUGUUGUUUGCAUGUGUAAAUUUUGGCUCGUUCUGACUGUUUUGUGGUUUCCGCGUUAUAGGAAUAGAGUUAAUAAUCUGGAUACAGAUAAUCAUUAUGAAAUAUUUAACAACAUUUAUGAAAGAAUGGACUCAUUCACAGCAUUAUUGAUGAAAAUAAACAUAAUUMUCCGGCUCUUUGAAUCUUUUUCAUGUUUUUAAUCAUUCAUGUUACUUCCUAUUGAAUCAUGAGGUGAGGAGAAACUUGAUUUUGAAGAAGAGGAGAAGAAAUAUGCUAAUAACGUUUAAUAAUAACGAAAAAAAAGAAGGAAGAAAAGAAAGUGCAUUAUCGAUAUACAAGUCAUCAAACAAGAAAAAUAUAAAGAAAACAAUAAAAUAGGGA